ACACAUCAGGGCAGCAAGCCAGGAUUAUAAACAAUUAAGGAAGUACACCACUAAAGAAGCAGUCACCCUCUUCCCCCCCCCCCCCCGCAGCCCCUCGCCGCCCUCCCACCCCCACGAAGGGGGACAAACUCAAUUCUCUACCUUCCGCAGAAUCCUUGCCCAAAUUAACUGACAGUCUGCGUGAGUUCUUCUUGUCAAAGCAAAACAGAUCUUAGGGUUAGCAAACCAAAGACAAACAUCUCCAGUGCACAGAGAGUUAAAUUAGUUAUGUUGCUUUUGUAGCGUCGGGGGGGGGGGUAAAAAAAAGAAAAAGAAACAAAAAGAAAAUGGAAAGGGAAAGGAAAAAAAAUGCUUAGAUUAUCUAUUGGGAUCUUUUCUGGGUCUCGGGUCCUCCCUUGCUUUCGCUCUUCCCACCCUCCAGCUUUCAGCCCCCUUAGCGGCUCUCUGCACCCUGCCUACCUGCCUGGCUCUGCCGCCGGCCCGGUGCAGCCUCCCGUCGCCUCCCUUCUGAUUGGGCAGAGGUUCCCCAAUCAGCUGCGCGCCUGGGCCGGUGGGAUUGCAUAUGUAAAGCCCUACUUCAUAUUCAUAAGCUCCAAUCGGGGCUUUAAGUCCUUGAUUAGGAGAGUGUGAGAGCUUUGGUCCCAACUGGCUGUGCCUAUAGGCUUGUGGCUAGGAGAACAUUUGUGUUAAUUGCACAGUGCCCUGUCAAGGAAAACUUUGAUUUAUAGCUGGGGUGCACAAAUAAUGGUUGCCGGUCGCACAUGGAUUCGGUAGAACUUUGCCUUCCUGAAUCUUUUUCCCUGCACUACGAAGAAGAGUGGCAGAUGCUGGCUCCCAGCUAGGAAGGAAAUCGGCUGUGUGUACAGAGAGGAGGGAGGGGUGCUGAUGCCACGGGUGGAAAUGUGAACGCCAAGUGCAUCUUGACAUGGGGUCGCAUCAGGACGGGGCUUCUCUGCAGAAUGUCAAACAAAGAUCGACACAUUGAUUCCAGCUGUUCGUCCUUCAUCAAGACGGAACCCUCCAGCCCAGCCUCCCUGACGGACAGCGUCAACCACCACAGUCCUGGUGGCUCUUCAGACGCCAGUGGGAGCUACAGUUCAACCAUGAAUGGUCAUCAGAACGGACUGGACUCGCCACCUCUCUACCCUUCUGCUCCUAUCCUGGGAGGAAAUGGGCCCGUCAGGAAACUGUACGAUGACUGCUCUAGCACCAUAGUUGAAGAUCCCCAGACCAAGUGUGAAUACAUGCUUAACUCCAUGCCCAAGAGACUGUGCUUAGUGUGUGGUGACAUCGCCUCUGGGUACCACUACGGGGUUGCAUCCUGUGAAGCUUGCAAGGCAUUCUUCAAGAGGACAAUUCAAGGUAAUAUAGAAUAUAGCUGCCCUGCCACGAAUGAAUGUGAAAUCACAAAACGCAGACGUAAAUCGUGCCAGGCUUGCCGCUUCAUGAAGUGCCUAAAAGUGGGCAUGCUGAAAGAAGGGGUGCGUCUUGACAGAGUACGUGGAGGUCGGCAGAAGUACAAACGCAGAAUAGAUGCAGAGAACAGCCCUUACCUGAACCCUCAGCUGGUUCAGCCAGCCAAAAAGCCAUAUAACAAGAUUGUCUCACAUUUGUUGGUGGCUGAACCGGAAAAGAUCUAUGCCAUGCCUGAUCCUACUGUCCCAGACAGUGACAUCAAGGCCCUCACUACACUGUGUGACUUAGCCGACCGAGAGUUGGUGGUUAUCAUUGGAUGGGCGAAGCAUAUUCCAGGCUUCUCCACGCUGUCCUUGGCGGAUCAGAUGAGCCUUCUGCAGAGUGCUUGGAUGGAAAUUUUGAUCCUCGGGGUGGUUUACCGAUCUCUCUCAUUUGAGGAUGAACUUGUCUAUGCAGACGAUUAUAUCAUGGAUGAGGACCAGUCCAAAUUAGCAGGCCUCCUUGACCUAAACAAUGCUAUCCUGCAGCUGGUGAAGAAAUACAAGAGCAUGAAGCUGGAGAAAGAAGAAUUUGUCACUCUCAAAGCUAUUGCUCUUGCUAAUUCAGACUCCAUGCAUAUAGAAGAUGUGGAAGCCGUGCAGAAGCUCCAGGACGUCUUACACGAGGCCCUACAGGAUUACGAGGCUGGCCAGCACAUGGAAGACCCGCGCAGGGCAGGCAAGAUGCUGAUGACGCUGCCCCUGCUGAGGCAGACGUCCACCAAGGCCGUGCAGCAUUUCUACAACAUCAAACUAGAAGGCAAAGUCCCCAUGCACAAACUUUUUUUGGAAAUGCUCGAGGCCAAGGUCUGACUAAAAGCUUUCUGGGCCUUCCCAUCCUGCACGUUGACAAAGGGAAAACAAACCCCAAAGUGAUGUCGAAGAAACUUAGUAUUUAGUGAACAACAUCAAAAUUCAAUACAGACUGCAUUGAUAUUUUAGCAGCAAGACUCAAAGCAGCUGUCAGAUUCCUCUAUGUCUUCCUGUUGAGUUUCCUUUCGCCACACCUCGCCUUCUUUCUUCCUGUUUUCAAUGUUCUGUUCCUCUCCUUUUCUUCAUUCUCCCAUUUUCACUCUCUCCUUUCAUUUGCUGGCUUCUUUCAUUCUCUGCCUUCCAUCCGUCCUGUCCUCCUUUCCUCCCUCCUUCCUUUCUCUCUUGCCGCCCUCCCUUCUUCCCUCCUUCCCUCUCUCCCUCCCUCCCCCUCUUCCUUCCUGUAUUCCUUUCUUCCUCCAUUCUUUCC